CCGCCGGCGGCGGAUGUCCUGAGCCCGCCGCCCGCGGGCUCCGCUCGCUUCCCGGCCCGAGGGCUGCGCGGCGAAGGGGGCGCCCGGCGGCCGGGCAUGCGCCGUCAGCAUGGGCCGGCUGGGCUGGUGGCUCGGUGAGCUGCAGUGGUUCGCGCUGGUGUCGCUCUUCCUCGCCGCCCUGGUCACCGUGGGCCUCUACCUGGUGCAGUGGGCUCUGGCCAGGACCCGCGCCCCGGCCCCGGCCCCGGCCCCGGCCCCGCCGCCGCCCGCCGAGCCCGCCCGGGGGCCGCGCCCGCAGCCGGACGCGCUGCUCGCCUGGAUCCUGACGCUGGACAGCUGGCGGAGCCAGUGGCAGGCGGCCUGGGUGGACGCCCUGAACCGCGAGGCCCGCAGGAACGCGGCCCCCCUGCCCCUCUCCUUCCGGCAGCACCCGCAGCCGCGGCCCCUGGAGCUGGCCGUCGGGGAAGUGUCCAGCCUGGCGAAGUCGGCGCAGGAGAAGGUGGUGAUGUGUCAUGUGGUCGGCGAGGCCCUUCAGUUCUUGGUCACGGCAGAGCCCGCCCUGGCCGCCAGCCCACAGCAGCAGCUCUACGACGUGCACCUGUCUCCAUUUCACUUGCAGCUGGAGUUCCACGUGAAGGAGAAGAGGGAGGACAUCCAGAUCACCUGGUCCUUCAUCCACGCGCCCGACACGGCCGUCCGCAUCCAGCCCUGGGAUCCCACAGAGACCCAGGCCGGUGAGGCAGACGCCAUCUCUGAAGCGCUCCGGGACAUCUUGAAGCAGCUGGUUGGCUCCGCCUCUCCAUCAGUGGUUCUGAGCACCAGGCCGGCGGACGUGCGGGAAGCUCAGAGCCCGCGCCGCGCGUCCUCCCCCGCUCAGGAAUCCUGUCCGCCCAAACCCCCGAGGGCCCACGAGCUGAGACUCCACGUGAAGAACCUCCGGGCCUCGCUGCUCAGCCAUGCUGCCGCUUCAGGCAGCGUUAACCUCGUGUGCACCGUCCAGCUGAACGACCCUGCUCAGAGCUUCACCGGCAUCCUCGAACAAAACACUACUGACCUCACGUGCGAGGAGGAAUUCACCUUCGAGCUGAAUGCCAAGUCCAGGGAGUUGCACCUGCAGAUCACAGAGGACGGGCGGGCCUCGGACGGUCUGCUGGCGAUGACGACAGUGGCUCUGGACUUGUUCAGGAAGCAGCCUUCGGGCCCGCAGAUCUUCACCCUGAGCAGCGAGCCGGCCCCUCGCAGCCCAGCGCUGGGCUCCGUCACUGCAGAGUUUUCCUACCUAGAGCCCGGCGAGGGGAAGGCCUGUGCGGCGCCGGGCCCCGCGCCCACCGCGAAGGUAGAGAAGGACCGCACCGUGCUGCCCUGCGGCACCGUGGUCACCACGGUCACCGCCGUGAAAACCAAGCCUCGCUUCGAGGUGGGGAGGGCGGCCUCCCUGAGCGCAGAGUCUCCCGUGAAGACCCCGGUGAAGGUGAAGGUCAUCGAGAAGGACAUCUCGGUCCAGGCCAUUCCGUGCCACAGCACGCCUGUCAGCAAGACCUUCUCUUCCUCGGACACAGAGCUGCUGGUGUUGAACGGCUCGGACCCUGUGGCUGAAGUGGCCAUUCGCCAGCUCAGCGAAUCGUCCAAGCUGAAGCUCAAGUCACCUCGCAAGAAGAGUACUCUCAUCAUUUCAGGGAUCUCCAAGACCUCACUAUCUCAGGACCACGAAGCCGCCCUCAUGCUGGACUACGCGGCCUCCCUGGACAACGCCCGCCAGGAGGAGGCGGCCCCCAAGCCCGCACCCCCAGAGGCAGCAGCCUCUGCCCCCGCCGCCCCGCCCGAGCCCCGGGACGGCGACCUGGACCCCUGGGACCUGGAGAAGGGGUCCCAGGCCGCGGCGUGGUGCGGCCCAGCCCUGCUGGAGACCGACGGGGAGCGGUCAGAGAGCUCGCUGAGCGCCUCGGAGCCGGGCGCUGCCAAGAAGCCCAAAGGAGGAAUGCUGAGGAGAGGCGCCAAGCUGUUCUUCCGCCGGCGGCACCAGCAUAAGGACCCGGGCAUGAGCCAGUCGCACAACGACCUCGUGUUCCUCCAGCACCCCGAGGGGCCCCGGAGGAGGGGGGCCACCCUCACCAGGCUCCUCAACCGCAAGCUGCUCGCCCGGCACCGAGGCAGGAACCGCGCCGGGAGCCGCAGCCCCGACGGCAGCCCCCGGGAGCCCUGGGCUUAGCUGCGCCCCUCACGCCGGAGCCCCGGCCCCGCGGGCUCCAGCCACGUGUCCGCGCGUGGGGCUCGGGGGCCCCCGACCCCCCGGCCUUCUCCAGGGAAGAGGCGGCCUA